AAAGAGUAUAGCGGAUAACACGUCCAAUGCGUGUGCUAUUAGAGUACGUUUUUAGUAUAACCCGUCCGAGUGGAGAACUUGUAGUGAUGAUUAAAGGUUCCGCUUUUCAGUCGAUUGUAAUGUGUGGUAAGGAGGACAGUGACAUAUCCCAAAUGGACCUCUAAGUUAGAAAAAUACUAUAAUACAUAAUAUUAUGGAAACAUAACCAAAACGGUUACAUAGCAAAGGAGAAAAAGGUAGUUAAAAUGACUGAUAAUGAAUCAAAUCCAGAAACAAAAUCUUGUCCUGACUUUCCUUUGCAAAAAAAAGAAAACCUUUUGAGAACUUUGAGCCCAGAGGAGGUUGGCAAACUUCAGAAUGACCGAGUCAUUGUGUCAGAGUUCAAACAACUUAAACUUGAAAAAGAGGCGCAAAGGAACUGGGACCUGUUUUACAAGAGGAACAGUACUAACUUCUUCAAAGACAGGCAUUGGACAACCAGAGAGUUUGAGGAACUCAAAGCCUGCAGGGAGUUUGAAAAUCAGAGACUGACUAUCCUGGAAGCAGGAUGUGGAGUUGGAAAUUGCCUGUUUCCUCUUCUGGAGGAAGAUCCUGGCCUGUUUGUUUACGCCUGUGAUUUCUCUCCACGAGCCGUAGAGUUUGUAAAGCAAAACCCGUCAUACAACAAAGAAACCUGCAAAGCUUUCCAGUGUGACCUGACAAAUAAUGAUCUGACAGAUAACAUCCCUGCAGAGAGCGUAGAUACAGCCACGCUAAUCUUUGUACUUUCUGCUAUUCACCCUGACAAGAUGCACCUUGCUGUACAAAACAUUUAUAAGGUGUUAAAGCCAGGAGGAUGUGUUUUGUUCAGGGACUAUGGCUUGUAUGACCAUGCAAUGCUGCGAUUCAAAUCGGGGAGCAAGCUAGGGGAGAAUUUCUAUGUCAGACAAGAUGGGACGAGAUCAUAUUUCUUCACUAAAGAGCACUUGCUGGCUCUCUUCACAGCCGCAGGAUACAUUGAAGUGCUGAACGAGUAUGUGCUUAGAGAAACUGUAAAUAAGAAGGAGGGGCUUUGUGUUCCAAGGGUGUUUGUUCAAAGCAAAUUUCGUAAACCUCCAAGAUGACUUUAUAUUAUAGUUUUUAUAUAUAUAUAUAUAUAUAUAUAUAUAUUGUAGCUCGUGUGUACAGAUAAAACCACAGACCCUUAAUUCUGUAAUGCGUAAAACAACUCCUCUUAUUAAAGGAGACAGUAAACCCUUUGAGAUUGUAAUAUACGUUUACUUAUGUGUAAUAAAACAACUUUACCAUACACCUUCAUUAUUUAUUUUGCUUCCUAUUUCUGUAAUUUAAGAAUUAAGUUUUUCUAAUUCUAAAGUUUGGAAGUGCACAUGACAGACUUUAAAUGCCUAUCCCAUUCACAUAUCUGUGCUUCAUUAGCUUCAGUAGAGAUCAUCAGAUAAGAAACUGCUGAACAAAUGUACUUUUGCAAACAAAAUGGCAGAGGGUAGCUGUGUGUAUUCCAGUAGAAUGUCCUGAUUAGCUGCUUUACAUAAUGCUAGUGAUGGUUAGAGUUUGGCUAUUGAAAAAACUAUUACAGCAACCUAGGUGUUAAUUCAUUCACAUUGUAUUCCCUUUCUCUUAGUAUGUUGUUUAUUGAAAGACAGCAGAAAAAUACUGUAAUUACAAGGUGUUUACUGUCCCUACAGGCAAUGCCCGUGCACAGGGAGCUUCUGUUUUUACUGUGACUUAUCAAGUGCAGGUUUUCCUAGUGACUAAACUAGAUCUGAUUUAUCAGAAAGCUUGUUUUAAAUUGUUUACGAUUUAUUUCCCCCUUAUUUUCCCCUUUUAGGGUUUUUUUUUUUUUUAAACCUUUCUCAGUUCAGCUUUGUGUUCUUUUUGUUAAUUUGCUACUGAUGUCCACAUUCUGCUGUUUUUAUUCUGUGUUUUACACUAUAUUUUGUAAAUGUUUAAUAAAACUUUUAAAAAUA